AUGGAAGCUAAGACCAAAGAACAGUAUGCCACGUCUUUCCUUCAAAGUGUCUAUUAUGGGAUGACCAUUCGCGCGGGUGAUCCUCGGCCAGCACCACAAUCUGAAAAGUUCCAGCGCCAUCGCCGCCGUAUCUUUAUAUUCGUGAUCACGAGUUAUCUCCUAUACACACUCUAUGAGACAUUCUACCAAGUCCAGCUGGCGGGUGACUACUACCAAGCGUUGGGCAUUUCACCAUUCGCCGAUGAAAGAGCAAUCAAGUCGCGCUUCCGCAGACUCGCUGCCCAGUACCACCCUGACAAAGUCGGCACUGACAGCGGCGCCGAUGCAUACUUCUUGUACCUUCGAAGAGCCCAGGAAACACUGGCUGACCCUGUGAAGCGGUUCGCAUACGACCGAUUUGGAACCGAUAUGCUUGAAUGGGGCGAUAAGAAGACUAUGCGCGACUAUGUGGUGUCGUCUUUGACGAAGCUUGCGCCUCAAUACAUUGGAGGCUUUAUCACAAUGAUGGUACUGAACUGGCUUUGGUGGGCGAAUUGGGGUCGAUACUGGCGAUUCUUUACAUUCGGUGCACUGCUCACCCUUGAGCUGGGCUUAAUCACCCAUCCCCAAGCAGUGUUCAUGCCAACCUCCUACCUUCCCCUUGCACUUCAAGCCUAUCUCCCGAAGCAGUCUUUCUACCUCCUGCCAUUCCAAAUCCUGACACUUGCCCGCCGAGCUUCGAUCAUGCUUCAUAUCUUCAUCUCUCAAGCGGCCCCGCCCUCCACCAAGGCACCCACGAGUGGAACCGGGGACAAGAUUUCCCCGCAGACCAUGCAGCAGAUUGGGCAAAUGAUACAGCUCAGUCGUUCAGUAGACAACGAGGCUACUCGCCUCAUGCAGCUGGGGCUUGCGCCUUUCCGGGGUGAUCGGGAGAGUGUAUCAACGCUUCGGCGGGGCAUGAAAGAGGGUCUCAUUCUUGGUGGAGUGCGAUCUAGUCCCGGGGUGCAACAGGCCGUGGCCGAGGUCAUGAAGCGCCGCAAAGCUGAAGAAAAGCAGGAUUAA